AUGGCAAACAGUGAGUGGAUUAUGGAGUUCUCCUCAGGUAGAAGUGAGUAUUUACGGUUUGAAGGCUCAGACCACCGACUUUUGGUCACAUCUUUUGAACCUUUUAGGAAAAAAAGAAGAGGAUUAUUCUGUUAUGAUAGAGCUUUAAAAGGAAAUGAAGAAGUGAGGAAAUUGGUCCUUGAGGCGUGGAACUCUAUCCUGGAUGCAUCGGUGGAGAAGAGACUAGAUGCCUGCAGACGGGCAAUCAUCACCUGGAGCAAAUACCAUCAUGAAAUUAGUCAAAAAGAAAUAAUCUCUCUUCGAAAAGCCUUGGAGGAAAACAUGACUAAAGAUGAAGAAAACCAAGCGGAACUGGAAAGAAUCAAUCGAGAGUUGUUGAAGGCUUACCAAAAUGAAGAGACGUUCUGGAAACAAAGGAGUAGACAACUCUGGCUAACUUUGGGGGACAAAAACAUUGGAUAUUUUCAUGCAGCAACAAAGAGUUGGAGGGCUCUAAAUAAUAUUUCUGUGAUGGAGUCAGCUACAGGAAACCCAGUGUAUGAGGAAAAAGAGAUUGUCACAGCAAUCACUGACUACUUUCAUCAAAUCUUUACAUCUCAAGAAGGAAAUAGAAUGGAUUGUGGUCCAGGAGGCCCUAGUUCCCUGCAUCUCACAGGACAUGAAUGA